UCCAUCUCCAUGGUUACGCGGCGUUUGCGGCGAGCGCCGGACUGCCCCAACAGCCGCGGUAGGACCCCAGGAGAGAAGCGUACGGACGCGGCUCUUGCGGUCGAUUCCGGUCCAGCCAGAAUGCCUCCAACUCAGGCCGAAAGUGUUAUCAGGAGUAUUAUACGAGAAAUAGGACAAGAAUGCGCAGUCCAUGGAGAGAUGGUUUCUGAAACUCUGAUUGCUUUUAUGGUGAAAGCUGUUGUCCUGGAUCCAAGUAAUGGCUUUAACAUGGAUAGAACCCUCAUGAAAAGUGAUGUGCAGAAUCUUGUUAAGCUUUGUAUGGCUCGGCUAUUGGAUACUAAAAAUCCAUCCCUGGACACUAUUAAGAUGCAAGUCUACUUUGAUAUGAAUUAUACAAAUCGAGUGGAAUUUCUUGAAGAACAUCACCGAGUCCUAGACUUGAGAUUAGGCUCUGUUACCAGUGAAAUUACAGAUAACAGAGCAUGUAGUAGAGAAGAAUUGGAAAGCCUCUACCGGAAGAUUAUCAGCUAUGUGUUACUCCGCUCUGGCCUUGGAUCCCCUACAGACAUCAAGACUGUCAGAGAGGUAACAGCUGCUCUCCAGAGUGUUUUUCCUCAGUCUGAGCUUGGGACAUUUCUAACUCUUUCUAAGAAGGACAAAGAACGCCAACUGAAAGAACUCACCAUGAUUGUUACUGGAAUUCGUUUAUUUAACAGAGACUGUGGAAAAGGAGGAGAAGGCAUUGAUGAUUUGCCAGGUGUUCUCCAUGAAGCAAUCCCAGCCACCCUGCAGCAUAUUGAUGAUGAGCUUGAGAAGACCCAGCGCCAGGCAUAUUGCUACACAGCCGUCCUUGAGAAGGCAGCCGACAACCCACUCAUGAAGGCUGAACUUCAGCCAUAUAUGUUAAAAGAGGCACUAUAUAAUAUACGACAAUGUGAGGUCUUCCUUCAGAUCAUUUUGUCAGACAUAAUUACUGGUGCUCAAGAAGUGGAAAUGAUGACAAAACAGUUAGGAGCCCAUCUGGAACAACUAAAAAUGACUGUAAAAUCAAAGACAGCCGUCCCAACAUCACAAGUCUUUCCUGUCUUCAUUGCACUUUCCACUCUGUGGACCAGCUUCCAAGAUGAAACUGUUAUAGUUGGUGUCCUCAGUAAUUUAUUCACUCACCUUCAGCCAUUCCUGGAUGCUCACGAACUAUUCUUUCCUGAGAGAGUAAUACAACAUUAUCUCAGUGGAGUUACUGUGAAAACUGAUACGUGUAGAAUGAAAGAACACAUGGAAGAUAGAGUAAAUGUGGCGGAUUUCGGAAAACUAGAAUGGCUUUUCCCAGAAACAACAGCAAAUUUUGAUAAACUGUUAAUUCAGUAUCGGGGAUUUUGUGCUUACACGUUUGCUGCAACAGAUGGUUUUCUCCUUCCAGGAAACCCAGCAAUUGGAAUUUUAAAAUAUAAAGAAAAAUAUUACAUAUUCAGUAGUAAAGAUGCUGCAUACUCAUUUGCAGAAAAUCCUGAACAUUAUAUUGAUAUAGUUAGAGAAAAGGCCAAAAAACAUACAGAGUUAAUUCAGCUAUUGGAACUUCAUCAACAGUUUGAAACACUUAUUCCAUAUUCUCAGAUGAGAGAAGCUGACAAACAUUAUAUAAAACCAAUUACAAAAAGUGAAAGUAGCACACAGACGGAUACACACAUAUUGCCACCAACAAUUGUGAGAACAUAUGAGUGGAAUGAAUGGGAAUUAAGAAGAAAAGCUAUAAAACUGGCUAAUUUGCGCCAGAAAGUUACUCACUCAGUACAAACAGAUCUUAGUCACUUGAGAAGAGAAAAUUGUUCCCAGGUGUACCCCCCAAAGAACACUAGCACCCAGUCCACGAAGGAAGACAGCACUGGAGUGCCCAGGCCUCAGAUUUACUUGGCUGGUCUUCGUGGAGGAAAGAGCAAAAUCACUGAUGAGGUCAAGGUGAACUUAACUAGAGAGGUUGAUGAAAACUAGAGACAACGUUUUAAAAGUAGAUGCUACUCAAUUAUGAAUAAUAGCAAGUACUUGAAGGCAUUUUUACAUCUAUGAAAAUUAAUUUUGUAAAGGUGGCACAUUGGUUGUGUGACUUUAUUGGGCUCCCACAUUUUAUCAAACUUUUCUGUAACACAUUUUUCAUUCUGCUGAAGUUGAAAAAUAAAACUGUCCAUUUAUCUUUU